AUGCAUAUGGAUACAGAAGACGCGGAACACUCUGUAAGCACAGAGACCGAGGAAAGCAAAGACCUCGACAACAUAUACUACGAACCGUACGACGAGUCUCUGGUUGAGUGGUUUGUAGACAUAAUAAAAAAUCAUGAGAAGCUGAAAAUGGCCAGAGACGUAGUCUUGACCAGGCACUUUGGCGAGCUGGGGGUUUCCGCCAACUUGGAAGAGCAGGAGAAGCUGCUGCGCAUACACGAGUACAUAAACAAAGACUUUGUGUAUCCGCAUGUGUUUUUGGGGUCUACGCUGGGGUUCAAUAAAAACAACUGGAACAAGCAGAUUGAGAAGCUUCUGGAGCCGUAUGGCAUAAAGCAGAAGCCUGUGUUUGGGGUGAAGGACACGUGCUACCUUUUUGAGCGGAUGAAGCACUUGGUUCUGAAGUACAUGGAGAGAAUUCGAAAAUAA